GUGUAUUCUUCAGUUACAGUUGACUUGAUGACAGUAGGAUAUUAUUUCUCUCCGCUUCUUGUUAAGGUCUAGUGUGGCUGCAAUAAGGAUUGCUAUUCAGUGUUUUCCUGUUUCUACUAAGACAUUACAUUGAAUUAUGAAGUGGUUAAUAACGAUCGGCCUUCUGGCCCUUUGCUCUAUGGUCAGCGGACAUGUACAACCGACGUGCGAACCAUUUUUUGUUUAUAAUAACGGCAGCUGUUACAGAUUAACAGGAGGACAAAGCUACACAUCUACAGGAGUGAGGAUACGUCUUGAAGGAAUGCCAUUCAUGCAAGCUAACACGUACUGUAAGACCCUGCACCCUGAUGCUCAUCUCGUCGUCAUCAACGACGCCGUCGAACACGCUUACUUAUUUGAUAUGUUCUACGGUUUAGAGCCCAUCGAGACGUGGGUUGGUCUCUUCUAUAACGCUACUACUUUGGCAUGGGAAUGGAUAAAUGGUGACCCAGCAUAUUACCAACCAUGGGAGCCCUUCUACGGAGAACCCUUGAUCCUCGCUGAGGGCGGUGCAGUCAUGUUCAUGAGUGAGGUCAUCACGGCGCAGACCACGCUGCAAUACGGAUACGGUCUUGAGUGCUCCGAUUACCUGGUCACAGAGAUGCGCGAAGAGCCUCUUCCAUUCAUCUGCGAGUACUCCGUGACCUUGACAGAAGUCAAUACGACGUUCGUUGAUACAAACACGACAGCGACUCCGAACACGACAGCUAGUAGUAAUACCACCACGUUUUCGCCCUAUUUUACCAAUCCUCCUCCAACGAUGGCACCUCAGGUUCUCUUCCAGCAGAAUGCCCGACCGAUGCCGUUGUCCAAUCCUGGUAAGUUUGGCUUCAUGAAGGAGGUUACGGCUGAGGACAGGAAACGUGCACGUCCCGCUUACAGUGGACCCAUGGCCUACAACCAAAGAGGACCACAACGGAAUAAUGGCUAUCCAUACAUGGCCUUCCCGUAAAACAACUCUGGUCCUCCUGGACCCCAUCUUACAGAGACCUGAGAUAAAUAUAGGUCCCGUUUCAUAAAGAUUUGUUAUAAUAACAAUAGUACUAUCGACCAAUCACAUUGAAGGAUUUCAGUAGCUUUUAACUGUUAUUACAAAUUUGUUAUUAUAGCAAGUUUUAUGAAACGGGACCCUGAUCAAUCUCAACUAUGGAAAUCCAUCAAUAAAAGAAAUCUUUGGAUAGGAAAUGUACACGAAAUCACUUUGAAGCAAAGACGGACACACCGAUAUCUGUCGAGACAAUAAUGCAUGUAACAGCGCAUUUAGAAAAAACUGAAAUGAUGUAUGCAUUCUAGAUGUUGGCAUUGCUGGCUUUCCAUUGCUGCAAUCGAUUGGAUCAGUCCUAAAUCUUUGUAAGACGGGACUCAGAACUGUUUUACUCGAUUAGAUUAUGAAGAAAAGAUUGAAUCAAAUCCCUGGGGAGCGUUUCACCAACUUUCUGGUCUGACAGGUUGUCAGAUCUGAAAACUAUCCUUGAUUUUGAUUGGCUCAGAAGCCCAGUUCCUAUGGUAACUGUCGGAUAGAACAGGACUUAUCGGGUAAAACGUCCGACAAGUCAUUUCGUGAAACGCUCCUCCGGAAAACACUCUAAACGCCGUUGGUAAUUUGAAGUAUGGUGUUGAGGGUGUUUGUGUAGAGAGUACGAGUCGGGCUGCCUAAGCUAGCACCGAUAACAUAUUUUUUGUGAAAAAAAUGGAAAGUGAACAUGGACUUAUGAAAUGAUACCAAUUGUGUGAUUGCUGGAAAUGAAAUGAUGUGAUGCGACAUCAUUGCCAUCCUCAACAAAAGUUUGUGUUGCGAGCUAUUUUAAUCUUCCUAGCAGCACCUGUCUGUAGGCCUAACAUUCCUCAUUCCAAACAUCAGCCUUCAAAAUCGAACUUGAAAUCACUUGUACCAUACCCCCUAUGGCCCGAAUUCUCGAAAGGUGGCUAACUUAGCCCAUGGGCUAAAUCGCGUCAUUUGACGUCAUUUAGCCCACCGGGCUAAAUUUUGCAUUUCUCGAAGCUCGGCUAUGUUAGCCCGGGCCCCGGGCUAAGUUAGCCACCCUUCGAGAAUUCGGGCCAUUGAAGUUAGCAACAUGUUGUUCAUUGUUCAUUCCGCAAGUUGUUUUAAUCGGGGAGAGGGCGGCUUCUUACGAAAUACACUUAGACAGAUAGAUGGGCGGGAACAAACAGUGUUGUAGGACUCGAGUCCAAAUUUGUAGGACUCGGAACAGCCGAACUCGGACUCAAGAGCAAAAGACUCUGACUCGCAAUACAUGCAUGUCCCACAGAUAUGACAAGAAUUUGAUAUGUACAUGAAAGAUGCGACUAAAUUUACAAUUCUUUCAUUCUUAUCUAUGGCCUAAUUAAUAUAGAAAUUUUAUCUCGAUUAAUAGAGGCUGACUUGUGAUUUGAUACUGAAAAAUAAUAAUGUAUCCUACUUUAAUAAAUCUUCAUUUGCUGCAUUUUUUGUAUGCUUAAAGUGUAGAUUUUCAAUGAUUGUUAUGUUCUCCUUUUCUAUCAAUAACAAACAAACAAAAGAUUUAUGUUAUAUAACGAUACAAGACUAAUAUUACGCGAACCAUUAUUUAAAUAUAAAAUCAAGUUAUUGGUAUUUAACAGGAAUAGAAGGAUAUUCAAUUGAAUAUAAUAAAUGCUAACGAUAUUGUUAACCAAAACUAAAAUGACAUAUCCAUGUGGAGCAGGGAGGGGGGGGGGGGCUUGUCCCUUGUCUCUCCCUAUUUUCCAACUUUACAAACUGACACCUGAAAUUUAUUUUGAAAAUGGAGACUUUCUCUACCAAUCAGCUCGGUCGCCUCGCUCGCUCUUUACGUCAAUAGGAGGAACAAUGGUAGAUGAUGAUAAUGAUUAGUAGUUAAAUAUAGUAAUAAUAAUAUUUUGUAUUUGGUUGAUAUUUAUGUCAGCUGAAAAUUAGUCUUUCACGGGUAUUCCUUUUUUGGAAUAAAGUCUUUCAUCAAAAAUGAAAAUAAUUAUACCCAUACUUUGAAAUAAUUCUAUUCAAAUUCAAAUCGGUAACUCAUCAGAAGGGUAUGCACUUAAUGGAAUCUUUAUUGAAGAAAUGAAAUCUUUUGUUUUCUCAAGACAAGUAACGUGUCAAUCAAAGAAUAGAAUGUAUUCAUCUGACACGAAUUUUAAUAGAAAGUCCAUCAAGCAUAAAUCUGAUUUAAAUUUGAAUAGAUCAAGUUGUUAUUAGAGUGUAAAAGAUAUCAUAUAUGAUGGGUGUUUCAUAACGCUGUUCAUGAAUUUACGCAAGACUGGAACAUGUUUUUGGAACAAGUGAGUUACACAGGGAUAUUACAUACAGCGGGAGAAUGGACACCAGCUGUGCAUGUAGUCGUUCGUAACUUAUCAACAGCUUUAUGAAACACCACCUUGUAUGAAUAUAUUUGAAUUUAUCUAAAUGAUAUUAAUACUAAAUGAAAGCUGCCACAUUUAUUCGACAACAGAUAUAUGGACUAGUCACAUUGAAGAAAUAUGCUUAUUUUCAGUUGGUCUAUAGUGCCAAUUCAUCCAAUUACCAACUCGUCUUCUAUCAGUUGGUCUACCAUCUAUUCGUGCAAUAUCCACAGGGUCUAAUUGCUAUUUCUUCCACUCAUCAUUUCGUCUAAUAGCCAGUUGGUCCAAUACCCAUUUAGUUCACUUUUGUCUAAUUGGACUAAUUCUUUAUUGAGCGAAAUGUAUUAAAAUGAAAUGGGUAUUAGACCAACUGGUUAUGAGACGAAAUUAAAAUAGACGAACUGGUGAUUGGACGAAAUGAUUAUUGGACCAAAUAGUUAUUAGGGUUAGUUAUUUUUGUAUGACUAUACCCAUGUUGUGUGAUUAUACAUAUCAACGAACGUAGAGGGCAGCAACACACGGCAGUCGUUUACGUUCGUUGAUAAUACCUUUUUAUUAAACUGUUCACAUCAUUAUGUAAUCAAGAUAUAUUGUCAAAUGUUUUAUUUUUCUGUAAAUUUAAUAUGUCUAUCGUAUGUCAAAUAAAGAUAUUGUACAUACUUCGA